GUCCCCCCCAAGCGCGGCGCCCACCGCGCCUACCUGGCGGUGCAGGGCGGGGGCGGCUGCAGGGUGGCGGCCCUCAGCCUGGCCAAGGGCGCUCGCAGCCGGCUGGGGGAGGACGAGCUGGUCAGCCGACUGCUGGUGAAGCUGCUAGCCGAGGCGACUGGCUGCGACGCCAGCCCCCUCCACCUGCCCCUCAUACACCCGCCUGGCAGCACAACAAGUGCAGCAGCAACAACCACAGCCCUGCUCUCAUCCGGGGUCUCGUCCACGACUUCAUCAGCCUUACAUUCUGAACGACAACAAGCACAGGAACAGCAAAUACGGCAAGAAGAGCUCCAAUGCGACAUCCUAGAUCUUGACGACCGCAGAGGCAGCUGGAGCUCUGUCACGCGAGCAACAACCGCAGCAGCAGUAGCGGUGACAAGAACAUCAGAAGCAGCAGCAGCGGCAGCGGAGGCGGCGGAGGG